UUGUAAUGUUCACAGUUCCAUUUAUUAUAGAAUCUGUAUUGCCCUCACGCUUCCCUUUUAAUGCAAACUUCUCCCUUCCCCUUCAUUUGCUUUCAGCUUUACAUUGGUAAUAGUUUUACAGAGAGAGAUCUGUUCAGAAUUUGUUGGUGCAAAAGCAAAAACAAAAUGACAACCAUCUCGUCCCCUACUUUCAUGGGUGGAGCGCUUGUUUUUGCUAUUAUGGCUCCCUAUGUUGGGGCUCAGUCUGCAUCCCCAGCACCUUCUCGCACUAGUGAUGGAACUUCAAUUGAACGAGGGAUUGCUUACGUGCUGAUGCUGCUGGCACUUGUGCUCACAUACCUCAUCCACCCAUUAGACGCAACCUUCUUUUAGAUCAUUCUUUACAGCAAUUGAGAGAUUCGUUUAAGGUCAGGGUUGUAAAACAAAUUGGCAAGUUGAUAAAUCUAUUGUGUAUUUCUGGGUGAUUUGCAACACUGGAUAUAUAUUUCUGGGACCUGGAAUUAUUGUCGAAA